UGUGUUAAGAAUAACUGAUUACGUUUGACUCGCGGAGGCCUAUCAGGUGAGGACCUGGCACCCAAAGCCAGUGCUGAGAGGCGCGGUCGCUCUGGAGAAGGCCAAACCGGCCGCAGCUUCUGCCAUGGUUGCGCCCGCUGUGUUGCGAGCUCUGCGAAAGAACAAGACCCUUCGCUAUGGAGUUCCCAUGUUGUUGCUGGUUGUUGGAGGUUCUUUUGGUCUUCGGGAAUUUUCGCAAAUCCGAUAUGAUGCUGUGACAGUUAAGAUUGAUCCUGAAUUGGAGAAAAAAUUGAAAGUAAAUAAAAUAACUUUAGAAUCAGAAUAUGAGAAAAUAAAGGACUCCACUUUUGAAAACUGGAAGAAUAUUCGAGGUCCGAGGCCUUGGGAAGAUCCUCAACUCCUCCAAGGACGAAACCCAGAAACUCUUAAGCCUAAGACAACCUGACUACGCUUAGUUUUUGUUUUCUUUUUGUUUUUCAAUGAAAUGUUCUCACCUCGAUCUAUAGGAAGAUUUCGGACCUGUGGAAACCUGGAUGUGAAUAAUGUGAUGGUAGAAAUUUUUGAUUAAAUAUAAGUCAAAUAUAAGUCUGUAUGUUUUUCAGUCUACUUGCAAAUGAAAAUAGUAGUGUUGAACAUACACCCCCCCCACUACCAAUCUAUUAAAAAAUGUGACUACUGUUUCUAUAACAUG